AAGAGAUGAUAAGAGCACAUCCAAGCACCACUUGCCCACAAUACUUCCAUUUCAGUUUGCAGCAACCAAAAUGUGGGUUCUUUUGAUGGGAGCUAUUGUCGUUUUGAGCUUUACACACUGCCUUUAUCGUUGGAGAAACCCCAAAUGUAAUGGAAAACUCCCACCAGGUUCAAUGGGGUUCCCUCUGCUUGGUGAAACCUUGCAGUUCUUCGCUCCCAAUACCUCCUCUGAUGUUCCUCCUUUCAUAAGAAACAGAGUGGAUAGGUACGGACCAAUCUUCAGAACAAGUUUGGUGGGAAGACCUCUGAUUGUCUCAACAGACCCCGACUUCAAUCACUUCAUCUUUCAACAAGAGGGUUACUUGUUCCAGAGCUGGUAUCCAUCUACCUUCACCGAGAUAUUUGGAAGGCAAAAUGUUGGUUCAUUGCACGGUUUCAUGUAUAAGUUUCUGAAGAACAUGGUUCUUCAUCUUGUUGGCCCUGAAAAUCUGAGGAAGAUGAUAUCUGAAGUGGAGGCUGUAGCUACCACAAGAUUGAGACAAUGGUCAUGUCUUGAAUCGGUUGAAUUGAAGGAUGAGACUGCAAGUAUGAUUUUUGAUCUGACUGCAAAGAAGCUGAUUAGUUAUGAUUCAGAAAAUUCUGGAGAGAAUUUGAGAGAGAACUUUGUUGCAUUCAUACAGGGCUUGAUUUCCUUCCCUCUAAAUGUUUUUGGAACAGCUUAUAACAAAUGUUUACAGGGCAGGAAAAGAGCGAUGAGGAUGCUGAAAAACAUGCUACAAGAAAGGCGUGCAAAUCCAAGGAAAGAGCACAUGGAUUUUUUUGAUUUUGUUCUUGAAGAACUGGCAAAGGAUGGAACUCUUCUCACAGAGGAAAUUGCUCUGGACCUCAUGUUUGUGCUGCUUUUUUCGAGCUUCGAAACUACUUCAAUUGCUAUCACUGCCGCCAUUAAAUUCCUCCUCAACAAUCCUCAUGUGCUGGAGGAGCUGACGUGUGAACAUGAGGGAAUAUUGAAGGCAAGGGAGAAUCCAGAUUGUGGGCUUACAUGGGGAGAAUACAAAUCCAUGACAUUCACAUUUCAGUUCAUCAAUGAAACUGUGAGACUGGCAAAUAUAGUUCCGGGAAUCUUUCGAAAAGCACUGAGAGACAUCCAGUUUAAGGGAUAUACCAUUCCAGCUGGGUGGUCAGUUAUGGUCUGCCCUCCUGCCGUGCACUUGAAUCCUGAAAAAUAUGUUGAUCCUCUCGCUUUUAAUCCGUGGCGGUGGGAGGUUCAAAGCAAUCAAGGGAGGCAAUAUCGUCCGAACGCCUGGUUUACAGUUUCCCGACGGCUUACACGUUCAAAUCGUGGAGAAGUGACCAAAAAAAAAAAAAAAACCUUGAAGAAGAAGAUGAACAGAAGUAGCAAACAAAGGAUAAUUGUGAAGAAAAAAUGUCCAAACCAAAUAAGCUGCAUAAUAUAUAGUGGUUCCUAAGACAAAUUACCAAUCAAUAAUCAACAACAUUAAUAUUUAGUGUUACCUUUCAUUUUCUUCUUAUUUUUUGUUUGGAUUU